UUUUCCGGACACUCCUUUUUUUCCUCUUGAGAGAGCAGAAGCAAAGGGAAAGGGGGCUAGGGUUUUCUAACGUUUGGAGCAAGAGAUUUAUGUCGGCUUGUCUUGAUUUGGGCGUUGUUCUGUUUGGAUUUAGGUUUCAAUCGAAGCUCUGUUUCUCUUCAUCAUCGUCAUCGUCAUCGUCUGGCCGCUGCAUACGAAAAUUCCUCUGCUGUGAAGAACUCCAGCAGAGCGACGUCUCUCUCUUCCCGACUGUUUCGAUGCGUUUGAGGCCCAAAAGGACUUGUUCUGGUGUAGUAGUUUGUUUCGGGGGAUAUCAUAUAAACCGGUUGUUCUUGAGAUGCCCUCUCGGUUAAGAAACCCUUUUGAUUCUUCCAUUCAUUCAGGCGACUUUUCCUCUGCCCUUUUCUUGAAUUUAUUUAUUUAAUUUUUUUUUUUGUAAUUUCUGGGCGGUUCAGUUUUCUGGGUUUUCUUUGUUUUGAGGGUUUGGUUUUUGUUAAGAGAGAGAAAAAAAAAAUGCCGGCUCCUAGAAAAAUGGUUAGUGUUAGUAGAGAGAGAGACAGUGUUUUCAGAAAACUGAAACCCAAACCCAGACCCGAACCCAUGAGGAAGAUCCGAAUCACAUGUAACGACCCGUACGCCACCGAUUCGUCCGACGACGAAAGAGAUUCAAAGCUGAAAAAGCGGUUUGUCCGCGAAGUUUGUUUGUCGACUGUUUCGCUGGAAUUGGAGAGUUCGGCCCACGACAGUAUCAAUGGCGGCGGCGUAACAGCGUCGAACAAGAAGAUGACGACGACGUCGUCCGAAAGCAAGGGAAACACGAGACCUUUUACGGGUAAAUACAAAGGUGUGCGCCUCCGGCAAUCGGGUAAAUGGGCCGCCGAGAUCCGCCACCCGAUCACCCACAAGCGGGUCUGGUUAGGCACAUUCAAUACCCCCGAGGAAGCUUCGCGGGCCUACGAAUCCAAACGCCUCGAGUUCGAGAAUUUAGUCAACGGGUCUUCGUCUUCUUCCUCGAUUACCGACAAGAGACCCUCGUCCGCUUUUGUUGUAGUUUCCAAACACGUUUCGUCUCUGUCCGACGACUCUAGUUUGUGUUCGCACACGUCUCCGUCUUCGGCUGCGCUCGAAUUGGAUUCCCCCACGUCGAAGAGCACGAUUGUGGAGGGUAAGAACGUAAUUGCUGGUGGUGAUGACGAUUUCAUGGACGAGGAAUUGUUGGCGCUCGCGCAAAUCGGGAACGAGGUGGACAUUGAUUCGGAACUGCAGGCGCUCAUGGGUGGAAAUGACGGUUUUGCCCCUUUCCUCGACGACGAUCUUAUCGGGGGUGAGUUUGACGACUUUCUCGGUCUUGGGGGGGUGGAUGGUAAAUGCGAUACCCUGGAGGACGAUGAGCAGCCAAUUGCGUUGCCCGAUUGUGACUUUGAUUUCGACUUUGGGUGGAUGGAUGAAGCGGCAAUUUCGAUGCAGCCUUUCGACAUUGCAUGCCUAUAAAAGUUUUGCAGCUAGUUCUACUAGAGGAUUUUGAAGGUUAUUUUAGUCUUUUUAGUAUUUCUCGGAGUUUUGUUUUGAUGAGUGAGAGUGUUCUACAAGAACUGUAUAACUACAGUUCAGAGAUGUUUUUUUAUUAUUAAAUUAGGUUUAUCUAUCUCUAUUUUGUUUAAAGAGAGAUUUGGAGAUUCCCUUUUUCUUGGGUUUUUUCUUGUGCUGUUAGAGCCGUCCAAUUAGGGGUUUCCAAUCUCUCAUUAGUUUUUAUUUAUUUAUUUAUUUGGCUUAGACUAUGAAUAUUAGAUAUUGAGUAUUUUUUAAUUUAAUUUCGUUUCUUAA